AUGGCAGCCGGCCGGACUGAGGCGCAGGACCACCCGCCUGAGAACGGCUUCACCCCGCUGGAGCACCAAGCGCCCCGGCUGCUGCCGCACAUUGAUAGCUCGGUUCUACCGGCUCUUGGGGGGUUCGGGAAACAUCAGAAGCAGCUAGUGGUCCUGACCUGGAUACCGGCAUUGUUUAUCGGCUUUAGCCAGUUUUCGGAUUAUUUCCUCCUGGCGCAACCCAAUGGCACGUGUGUGCAACCCCUCGCUAACGAGAGUAACUGGACCGUGGCUUCCCCACCGGUGACCGUCACCGGUGCCGCGUCCCUGCUCAAAGGCAUCAACGGCACCGGGGAUGGGUACGGAGAUAGCGGCGGUAUGCUGUGCGCCUGCAAGGAGUGGAGGCUGGAGCUGCAGACGGGACUUAGUCAGAAUGUGGUUACCAAGUGGAACCUGGUGUGCGACUCGGCCUGGAAGGUACACAUUGCCAAGUUCUCUUUGCUGGUGGGCUCCAUAUUUGGCUACCUAGUGAUGGGUGUCAUGGCUGACUGGUUUGGUCGACACCCAGUGUUGAUUCUCUCGGUGCUUUUCAUGCUGGUGUUUGGUCUGAGUGUUGCCUUCUCUGUAAACGUCACCAUGUUCAGCACCUUGCGCUUCUUUGAGGGUUUCUGCUUGGCGGGCCUCGCUCUCUCCCUCUACGUGCUCAGGAUUGAGCUGUGCUUGCCAGGCUGGCGUUUCUCCAUGACGAUGGUGGCCAGUUUUCUAAUGGUGGGCGGGCAGCUCCUGAUGCCAGGGGUGGCCGCGCUCUGCCGCCAUUGGCCGCACCGGGAUGACUGGCAGGUCCUCCAGAUCGUCAUAAUCAGCCCUUUCGUUCUGAUGCUGCCCUACGUCUGGAUUUUUCCUGAGUCCCUGCGCUGGUUGCUGGCCACCCAGCACUACAGGCGGUCUAAAGCCAUGAUGCUACGCAUUGCCAGGAGGAACCAGGUUGACAUGACAACCGAGCCAAAUGGAGUUCUCACAGAGCUGGAGCAGGAGCUGCACAAGAAACCCCAGAGGACCUGCAUUGUCAAGAUGAUGAGCACCAGGAACCUGUGGAAAAACAUAGUGGUGCUGUGUGUCAACUCACUCACAGGUUAUGGGAUCCACCACUGCUUCGCCCGCAGUAUGAUGGACCCCGAGGCUCGGCCCACUGCUCUGUGCCACGCUGACUAUUACACCAUGGCUGGCAUCGCCGUGGCAACCUGUCUGGCACUUUGUCCUGCGGUGGGGUUGAUGGGUCGUCGUGGAGGGCUGCUUACGUUCAUGAUCAUUACAGCUCUGGCGUCUCUGCUGCAGCUCGGUUUGCUCAACUUGAUUGGAAAGUACAGCCUCCGUCACGACACAGUUCUGCGAGACACUCUAAACAGGAAGUUCUCUGUGGCCUUUUCCAUCAUCGGCAUGUUCUCGUCUCAUGCUGUCAGCACCCUCAGCAUAUUUUUCUGCGCUGAAAUCACUCCUACUGUCAUCAGAGGUGGAGGUCUGGGAUUGGUCUUGGCCAGUGCCGGUUUUGGUAUGCUCACUGCACCAAUCAUGGAGCUCCACAACCAGAAGGGCUACUUCUUGCAUCAUGUGAUCUUCGCCUGCUGCACCCUGCUGUGCAUCAUCUGCCUCCUGCUGCUGCCGGAGCCACGGGGCCAGCCGCUGCCGGAGAGCCUGGCCGACGGGGAGACAUUCACCCGUCAGACGCUGCUCCAUCCUGGAGAGCAGCACCUCCUCCUCGCCAAGAGUGACAAGGACUACUCCAGAGUCCACGACACACCGCUACACCUCUCAGCCACUGGGGGCGCUACAGUGGCAGUAGCCACCGCUCUGGCAGCGGUACCUGCCUCAUAUGCCCUGGCGACUGGUGGAGAGGUGAUUGGCAACUGUGCUAUAGCCAAUGGGGUGUGAGCAUCAAAGCAUUUGUCUGUGUAUGUUUUAAUAGAAUAACCUGACUGAAUGGUUCUGAAUCAUGAACUUUUGGACAAAUGUACAGAUAGGUGACAAAGUAAAGUAAAAAUUGGAUGGGAGAGGUCUCUUUAAAGGUGACAGUAUCCCUAUCCAUAGAGCGUGAGGACUCAGUGAUUGGUUUCGUGAAUAUGACAAUGAUAUGUCUUGUGUGAUGGCAGUCACAGCUACCUGAUCUCAACCAGACUGAACACAUGUGGGAGAUAUUGGACUGAUGUGUUGAAGAGCGUUCUCCAUCACCAUCAGCAAAACACCAGCAUUGAAGCUGUUCAGCCCGCAGGCAAAAGUGGCUCUAAUCUUUUUUUUUUUUUUUUUCUUCAGAUCUGCUUUUUCAUAACGAUAUGAAGAGCUUAAAUGACAUGGAAUCUGAUCUUUUGGAUCUUUUUUUAGCAUCUGAUCUUUUCAUUUCUGAUUUGGGAACCAGAUGCAUCUGUCUAAGGCUACGUUCACACUGCAGGCAAAUGUGGCCCAAAUGCGUUUUUUUUUUUUCCCAUAUGUGAUCUGUAUCCGAUCUGUUAAAGACAGUUUGAACAGCACAAAUACAAUUUUUUCAAAUUCGACCAAGGGCACUUUCAUGUGGUCCUAAAUCCAAUAUGUAUCUAAUAUUUUGCAAUGUGACUUCAAUCUGAACGGCCAGGCCAUAUUCAUCCGACCUUUACGUCAUUGAAAUGCGACAAAUGUCACUAUUCUGCAUCCCAGGAGGAGCGUCAGGAAAUAUAAAUUUUCUUCCGUAACAGUGUGUGCCUAUGUGGUCACUUAUUACAUCAGGACCUCUCUUGCACAUGUGGGUCACUUCAGGGUCACAUUCAGUUCAUACUCAAAACUGAUAGAAGUCGGAUUUAAUAUGUAAUAUGAACGAGCACACGGAAAAGUCAGAUUUCACCAAAAAAAUCUGAAUUGUGCAAUAAGACCUGCUGUCUGAACGUAGCCUUAGAGAUCAUAUUUCACUCUCUGGCAGCUCAUCCUAUCCUCUACCAACCCUGUGGCAAGGCCAACCAUAACCAUUUAUCUGAUACAGGGCGGGUUCAAUGCAAUAACUGCCAGACGAGGCACUUUGUAAAGAACCAAGAUCUCACAAGGUCACUAUUAUUACCAGCUGGCACGACAGCCCAUGUUUCCUCGCUCUGAUUGGUUGCAGGUCUCUUUAGUUGUGUCCAGAAGGAUCCCAGACUGUCUUUUGAUAUUUGUUGAGGUGAUGCCAAGCGAGCGCGUUUCCACAUAUGAUCCUAAAUCAGACAAAGUUUUGCUUUUUUUUGUUUUUGCUGUGCAACCUCUGUCUGAACUGUCAAACAGGAAUUCAUGAGACUUUUAAGUCACUCUAGAUUGAGAUCUUUCACAAUUCUGCACCAGCAGGAGUCACUGAUGGGACAUGUGAGAGGAUGCAUCUUCACUGGUCUGUGUAUGAAACCGUAAACGAUAUCUUCAGUGACCUGCGUUUUUACUUCUGCUUGACACUUUUGUUAUUCUUUUGCACAUGCAGAUCAGUUCACACUAGAAUCUGAUAUUGGUCAGAUUAUAAAAAUAACCCAGACAACCAAACAUAGAACACAACUAAACUAUAAAUACAAAACUCAUUUUAAAUUGUAUUUAUAUAACCCAGUAUCACAAACCAGAGAUUUGCCUCUAAAGUCUUUACAGUCUGUACAAAAUACAAGACUCUAAGUCCUCCUUCCCCCAAGAAAGAAAAACCUUUAGAGGGAAAAUGAGCACCAGGCCAUGCAGUUUAAAAGACAUUUAUAUGUUGGUUUUUCCUUUAAUUGUCACCCAUCUGUAUCUUUUAAGGGAAAAAAAGAAUUGUUCAAAUGAACUAGAUGAACUGUACAUUUGUGUAGUUUGUAGUGACUAUGAUUCAUUCAGGAGUUGCCAAAAAUAUUGUACUGGACUAAGUCUAUCUGAAGUCAGUGUGUUUUAAAUAAUAUGAAAGUCUUCAGUGGUGUUGGUGAUUUUCUUGUCUGCUCUGUCAGGACUUAAAGGUAAAGAAGCAGAUGCAGACAAGUAAAGAGGCAAAGUAGAGCUGAGUAUCUUUCAACAAUGUGUGCUCUGUGAGUUUUCCGUUUGUAGUGUAAAGAGGAUUUCACUGCAUCCUAUAGUUCUUUACAUGUUAUUUUUUGCACUAAAUGUCAGAGACACAAUCAAGUGUUUGUGUUUUUGAGCCAACACACUGGAGCAGCAGGGAUUGGCUAUACCACUACCACUCUUUUGCAUGAAAGGGCACACGCUUUUCUUCUUUUUUGUGGUCCCUCUACAAGAAGUCCAAUGUGGCACUUUAUCCUCAGAGAUGAGCUCAGUGUAGACACUGGUGUUUUUAAUCACUGAUGUGGGUGUAUGAUGGUUGUCUGAUAUGAAGAACAGCCGGAGACCUUUACAGACUGUAGCUUAUAGAGACUGUGCUCAACAAACCUGAGAGUUGAAUGGACAUGAGUGUGACUGGCCAGUGUAUUACGUUAUGUCUUAUGAUGCUUCUCAGCAUUUUUAAAAUGGCUUUAUCAUGAGGCUCUGUUCUUUUAACAAAACAGAGAAAGUACAAUGUAAUUUAAGAAAACCAGUAUUUAUUUUGUCAUGCUGCCAAGGGCAAUUUUGUCGCUUGAAAUACCUCCUUAAUUAGCAAAUAUCCCACUCCGGCUCUCACUCCUUGUUUCUGUACUGUGGUAAUGGUGUAAUCCUGCUCCUAGGAUGUGUAUCUCUAGCCAGAAAGCACAAUAUUUUACAGUUUUUGACAUAAACGUUUGUGACGAUUAGAAUAGAGCAGUGUAGACAUGGCCUAGUUGUGAUUAGUGCACACUUAUACACUUUACUAUCUAAGUAUCCUUUAGGGCUGUAAUGUAAGGUCUGUAUUCAUGUGCCAUUCUCUCAUAACAUAUAGGCCAUCAACCUUACUUUUUUAGGAGUAUGAAGCACAUAAGAUAGAUGCACCAUCCCAUAAACCAUAUUCCUACAUCUGCAGAUUUCCAACAUUUUCCAUGUUUAAACUCAUAUUUAGUACACAACAUGUAUUUUGAACACCCUGUGUGGUUUGCUAGUUUGUACGUUUCAACACUCUUAAGGAAAAAAAAACUCAGCCACUAAUACUGUUUUCUAAGUGUUAUUUUUUUAAUAUGAUGCAUUUGUACAAAAAGCCAUAGGCCUACAUGUUUUGAUAAUAAACCACUUAAUUUAUUAUGUCAAUAAAAGAACACUUGAUGGGA